GGCAGCUGGGCUCGUAGCUAGCUGUGGUAACUGCUCCCCUACCAAGCCUAAUCCCUGAUCACCAAAAUCCCUCACCCUCAAUUCUGGUCAGCAUUUCCAUUUCAGCAACAAGCUCAAGCAACAAAAGAACCCACAUUGCCUUAGCAGCCUCCAAAUUAAGAAUCACCAUGAACUUGAACAAAUCCAAGCUUCAGGAGAUGUGCCAAGCCAGAGGUUGGACCUUCCCCAAGUACAGCAGCAACCAGCAAGGCCCACCUCACCGACCUCGCUUCUCAGCCUCUGUGCUCGUCCAUGGCUUCACCUUCAACACUAAAACUAUGCUGACCUCUAAGAAAGAAGCCGAGUGCAGUGCUGCUGGGUUGGCCUUGGAUUACUUCGAUGAAAACCCACAACCACCCCAGCCCAAACGCACCAAGUGUUUCUCUUUCCCGGCUCAGCCUUCUCAUAUAGCUUCACUUCCUCCACCUUCAUCACCAGGUUUGCCGUAUCUCACAUACAAGGAGAAAGAGAUAUGGAAUGAGACAACUAGCACAGAGGGAAAGAAGGACACUUAUGAACUGGAGCUAAUGUUGGCAGAAGAGAGAAAGCUAUGGCAGAGAGAAAAGCAUCAGCUUCAACUAAAGAACAUUGAAUUGGAGAAUCAGAUUGAUAUGAAAAAGAAUGAGCUGGAGCACUGCCGCAAGGAGCUACAGCAUAUGAAUGAGAGAGAAGAAUCAGAGCAGAAGAAAGCAGAAAAUCUGAUAGCGCUUGCAGAAAAGAGAAAGAGAGAAAAUGAGAAGCUUCACUCAGAAAUAAUUGAAUUGAAAGACCAGCUCCAAGCCAAACAGGCAGUGAAUGAGGAUUUUGAGGCCCAGAAGAAUGUUAAAGCACUUGAACAAAUGUUAAAGGAGAAGGAGCAGGAGCUUACUGAUCUGUCAGAAUUUUACAAUGCACUGAUUUUCAAGGAGAGGAGCAAUAAUGAUGAGCUGCAGGGGGCCCGUAAAGAGUUAAUUGAUGGACUGAAAAAUCAUUCAAAAAUCUAUAUUGGCGUGAAGACAUUGGGUGAUCUUGACUUGAAGGCAUUUCAACUUGCAGCCAAGAGAAGAUAUACUGCAUUAGAAGAAGCAAAUGAGAGGGCAGUGGAGUUGUGCUCUAUGUGGGAGGAUUAUGUUGGGGAUUCUAAAUGGAACCCAUACAAGGUUAUUAUGGAUGAGACAGGAAAAAGAAUGGAAAUUAUUGAUGAAGAAGAUAAAAAGUUGAAAAAUUUGAAGACUGAGCUGGGUGAUGAAGUAUACAAGGUGGUGACUACUUCGUUAAUGGAAUUGAAUGAACAUAAUUCCAGUGGGAGGUAUAAGAUACAAGAGCUUUGGAAUUUUAAAGCAGGGAGGAAGGCAACACUUAAAGAGGGAGUUGCUUACAUUAUAAAGCAAUGGAACGUGCUUAAGAACACGAAGCGGCGAAGAAACUAGAAGUUAAAGGGCUUUCAUCUGAAGAGUUUGCUGCUCGUAAUGAGUUGUUUGAAGGCUUGUUUACAAAAAAAGAAGAAGACAAAACUGGAAGAAACCACAGUUUUGCUGGAAAAACAAAAAUGCCUAUGUAGAAUUGAACUGAUUGACAACAAGAGUCCCGGAGGCGUUCCCUUCAGAUCGGAGCAUCAUCUUCGGAAGAGACAUCCACUUCUGUUUACACUGGUGAACUGAUAUCAUACUUGAAGGAGAAGGGAGUGACACCUAUGGUUGGUUUAAGAAUGAUAAACUUUAUGUUCUCUUCAUCAAAGGCAUGCAGUUGAAAACAAGUCAACAGUACUUCUGUAUGGAGCUUCCGAAGGUCCUGGAGUUGGUAGGGCUAGGAUAUACUGGUUGGUUCGUCUACCGUUACCUACUCUUCAAGUAGAGCAGAAAAGAACUAGCUACAGACAUAUAUUGAUGCGUUGAAGAGGAAGACCGCUGGAACCGAAUAGAUCCUGUGAUUGGCUGGCAAAAGCCAAGCGUAUUAUCUUAGCCGUCAUCUCAUAGUGGUUCUAUAUCUCCACUGUAAGAGGCAUUUGUAUCGUGUAAUGUAAUUUAGGUGUUCUUUUGAUGAUUGUUUGUUAGUCCUGUAUUCCCCAUACUCACCUUUGAAAUAAG